AUGGGUUUUGACGCUUCGUACACCGCCACCGCCGCCAAAUGGCUGGCCUUAGUAACGGCCGUUUGGGUCCAGGCCAUCUCCGGCAACAAUUACACAUUCUCUAACUACUCAGACGCUCUUAAAACCCUAAUGAACCUCACACAGCUUCAGCUCAACAACUUGUCCGUCGCUAAAGACGUCGGAAAAGCCUUCGGUCUCCUCGCCGGCCUCGCCUCAGACCGCAUCCCGACCCCUGUCAUUCUCCUCAUAGGCUCCAUCGAAGGCCUGGUCGGUUACGGCGCGCAAUGGCUCGUCGUCAGUGAAAAAGUAAAACCUUUAGCUUACUGGCAGAUGUGUAUAUUUCUCUGCAUGGGUGGCAACAGUACCACGUGGAUGAACACCGCCGUCCUCGUGACCUGUAUACGGAAUUUUAGGCGGAACCGUGGGCCUGUUUCUGGUAUUUUAAAAGGUUAUGUGGGCCUCAGUACGGCGAUUUUCACCGACCUUUGUACAGCGCUUUUUAACGAUAACUCUUCCUCGUUUCUUAUCAUGCUCGCGACUGUCCCGUUGGCCGUUUGUCUCAUUGCAGUAUUCUUCCUGCGCGAGACUCCCCCGGCGGCUACCGCGGCGGAGGAGGAAGAAGAAACCAAGUACUUUAAUGUAUUCAACGUUGUAGCAGUUGUUGUUGCGCUUUAUUUACUCGGUUACGAUUUUUUCCCGAACAAAAGUAAAGCUUUUUCGUUGACUUUCUCGACUAUUUUAAUAGUUCUGCUAGCAUCUCCGUUAGCCAUCCCGGUUUACUCUUACAUAAAGAGCUGGAAUUUGAGACUGUUGAAAACCGAACCGGACGUGGAAGAACAGGUCGUUGAGCCAUUAUUAGCGAGCGAGGAAACCGCUGCGGAGAAUAAGAAGGAGGAGGAGGCGGCGGAGGAGUCGGCUGUGGCCAUGGUGGAGGUUAAGAGGAGACCGAAUUUAGGGGAGGAGCACACGAUAUCUGAGGCGUUGAAAACCGUUGAUUUUUGGAUCUUGUUCGUGUCUUUUUUGUGUGGGGUGGGGACAGGGUUGGCGGUGAUGAACAACAUGGGGCAGAUUGGGUUGGCUCUUGGAUACGCCGACGUUUCAAUCUUUGUUUCCUUGACCAGUAUUUGGGGAUUUUUCGGGCGGAUUAUUUCGGGCUCCGUGUCAGAGUACUUUAUUAAGAAAGCUGGAACCCCAAGACCUCUUUGGAAUGCAGCUUCUCAGAUUAUAAUGGCGGUUGGCUACAUUCUCAUGGCAUUAGCUGUGCCUGGUUCUCUGUACAUUGGAUCCAUUGUGGUCGGGAUAUGCUAUGGAGUCCGUCUAGCUAUAACAGUCCCCACUGCCUCUGAACUAUUUGGUCUCAAAUAUUAUGGUCUAAUCUACAACAUUUUAGUCCUCAACCUUCCCCUCGGUUCCUUCCUCUUCUCCGGCCUGCUUGCUGGAUAUCUAUACGACGCUCAAGCUACUCCAACUCCGGGAGGCGGCAACACUUGUGUGGGAGCCCAUUGUUAUGGGCUUGUGUUUAUCAUCAUGUCAAUAGCAUGCCUUGUUGGAUUUUGUUUGGACAUUGUACUUUCAGUAAGAACCAAGAAAAUCUAUACCAAGAUUUACGGGAACAGGAAGUCGAAGAAAUCGUUGGCAGGAUCUGGUAACCAAUGACAUAAAUGAUUCGCAAUGGAAAAUAGGAUUGAUUGGCUGUUGCUCAAUGAUAUCCCCUGUAAUUUUGUUUUGUUUUGUAUUAGAUUUUGUUCAUUAAGGAGCAUUAAUUUUGUUGACCCUCUCAAAAGCACCAUGGAGGGUUCACCAAUGUACUAGUAUUUGAAAUAAAAGAUAUAUUGCUCACUUGGUGUAUUACGA